CCAAAUCAAAGUUGUUGUAAGGGCGCGCGCGUGUGUGUGUGUGUGUGUGUGUGUGUGCGCGCGCGCGCGUGUGUGAGCGAGGUAGAAGAAAUAAUAACUGGCUGCCGGUGAGGACGAGGAGGGAGAGGGAACGAGGCUCCGCUGGAGAAGUGGGGGUGAAAAAAAAAACAAAACAAAACAAAAAAACAGUGGCUGCAGCUGCGGGAUAUUUUCCUCCACCACAAAUACUUCAUUUCCAAUUUAGAGUCGCGAACCUGCGAAGAAGACGCUUUUUCUCCUUCCCUGCACCGGAAUACGAACUUAAAAAAGCGAAUUUCCGCACGGUCCUGCGGAUUAAAACAUGAGUUGACAGCCCCGACCGGCCCUGCCUCUUUACUCUCGAGACUGUAGCGAUGUUCAAACCUCUGCGCGCAUAGUUCCUCCGUCCCUCAGUUUUAAGGGUUUGCUGCUGAAGGAGCAUUUUUCUAUUGUUAUUGUUUAUUUUUUUCUCGUCCGGCAUGACGGAAAUCAGCGAAAAGGAGAACGAGCCACAAAACCGGGACCUUCACCGGCCACAGGCGACUGUACCCGGCCACCCGGAAUCAAAGCUGCAGCGGCUGAAGCGCUCCCUGUCCUUCAAAUCUGUCAUGCGCAGCAAGAGCAUGGACAACUUUUUCCAGCGCAGCAACGGCGACUCGCGGCCGCCCUCGGCCCUCAUCACCGCGCCGCCCCCUACGCCGUCUCCUCCUCCCCCUCCUCUCUCCGAGUCCCCCCUGGCCUACGAGCGCUCCCCCUCCCUGUCCCCGUCCAUCAGUCCCAACCCUUCGCUGUCGUCGUCGCACUCCCCGUCAAUCAGUCCGUCGCUGUCCACGACCUGCAAGACCCAGCCAAAGUCUCAGGCUCUGCCGACGCAGCUGGUCAAGACCCACUGUUUCCAAGAGCAUGUCUUCCGUAGACCCACCAGCUGCCAGCGAUGCAAACACAUGAUCCAAGGGAACUCCAAGCAAGGGCUGCGUUGUAAAGCCUGUAAGCUGGCGGCCCACCUCUGGUGCUCCUCUGAGCUCUCCCAGCAACCCUGUAACGGCAAGACCGGAGCUUUUAAGAGAAACUUCAGCUCUCCUCUGCUAACCAGUGAUCCACUGGGUGUGGUCAGAGAGGCUCCUGCUGCUCAGGAGGCGGAUAACGUCAUGGUCGACCCCGUGUACGAGGCCCUGCGCUAUGGAACGUCGCUGGCUCAGUUGAGUCGCUCCAGCUUCAGCAGUAUCUCAGAAUCACCGUGUCACGAGGCGGAAAAGCUGCAAGACACACUAGAAAACCAGCCCAUACCGGAGGAGGAACACAUCCCAGGAAUGCUCACCCCUCCUGAAAGCGAGAAGGCUGAUUCAGAAGACAGGGUCAGCCUGAAGACUCCCAAGCGAGUGGAGGUUCACUCCAUUCACACCUAUGUGGCCCUCUACAAGUUUCUGCCUCAGGAGAAGAACGACUUGGAACUACAGCCCGGCGACAGAGUUCAAGUCACAGAUGACUCCAACGAGGACUGGUGGAAGGGGAAAAGCAGAGACAAGGUGGGAUUUUUCCCGGCCAACUUUGUGCAGCGGGUCCGCCCCGGCGAGCGCGUGUGGAAGGUCACCGCAGGUUUCCACGGCAACCGAGACAAAGGCCAGAUGACUGUGAAAGAGGCCCAGAUCUGCGUGGGGAAGAACGAGGAGACUGACGGCUUCCUGCGGCUGAGCAGCGGGAAGAAGAGAGGCCUGGUCCCUGUGAAGUAUCUGCUAGAAAUAUGACGGCAGCACAUUCCUCCUCGACUUCGAUACGGUGAAGGAAGAAUCCUCAGGAGUGUUUAGCCAACACCUCACUGAACACCAACCACACACCUCCACCCUUUCAAAAAAAACAAAAAAGCAAAAAAAAAGAAAAAAAAGAAGCAGCAGUGAAUUAGCGGCUUGAGCGGAUUUGCUUUUCUUUUUACUGCUGAAGGCUUUAAAUUUGGAGACUUAAAAGGACGGACGCUCGUCUCUGGAGCUACUUUUCUUGUAGCACAACUGGUGUGGUUUUAUAUAUAUAUACAUAUAUAUAUAUAUAUAUAUAAAUACUCACAAAAGAAAUGUAGCAUUGUGUUAAAGAGGUGCAGGCAGUCUGGCUACCUCAAUAGCCAUCUCCACUGGCCAUCCACUUGUGAAAAAAAGAAGAAAGGACUAUUUUAUCAUGAUGUCAAGGAGCGUCCAAGCUCAAAGGACGUUGUGAGCAAAGUGUCUUCAUUUCGCGUAGAGAAAACGAGACGUAAGAGAUUGUGACUGUAGCUGUUCAUUGUAGUUGCCUGUGCAAAAACACAUCUUGGUUUAAUGUUCGUUUAGGUUCAGUUAAAGGGGUGAAGCCGUUUUCACGUGCAGGCUGCAGCCCGACAUGUUUGCUCUUGUAACAUGGGUUCAUAAUGUGCAUACGCGUCACUCCUGCUGGGGAAGAAGAGAUUCAGGUAUUACAUUAUGUCCAAAAAAAAUCUUGGUUAAAUGAAUGUCCUACCACACUGAAGAGUCCUCUGAGUUUCAGACGACUCUCGGGUGAUUAGAAAUUGUACGUUUGUGCUCUUCACAGCUCCGAUGUGACAAAUGCUUUGCGUGCACCUCGGGGGAGUUUCGCUCUCAGUAUGCCCUUCAAUCGCACUCUCUGUCUCUGCACACACACAGUUUUUUUAUUUUAUUUUUUUAUUAUUCACUCUGGUCUCUGUUAGCUCUAAAAAUCAACCACUAGAAUCUGCUUCCCGUCUGUAUAUUUUGAGCGUUUAUCUGUACGUAACGUCCUGUAAUAUUCAUAUCUGGUCGUGCACAACAACGAUAUUCUUCUUCUUUUUUUUUUUUUUUUAGAUUAGAGCGAAGAAAUAGUCCAGGAUGACUGAUUAAAAACCAAAUUCAAUGUUGUAGUUUAAAGGGACGUCUCUCAGAAAGCCUGAACUUUUCUUUGAAUGGUUCCUCCCAGCAUUCAAGAUUGAGAAGAUGCCUCACUACAUAUAAUUUAUCGCUCUGUCAUUAGAAACCAUAAGGCGGUGACAUAAUACUGCCUUUAUCGUGGCAAUAACUGUAAAUACGACUAUGAUAACAUAUUUGUAAAUAGCCUGUUAAAGAUACUGUAUAUAUUUGCUCUGAAGAGGUUUGCAGCUAUCCAGGAGCCAACUAAGGGCAUUAAUUCCACAGUUAUAACUAACAGGAGAUUAUUGUCUUACUACUUACCUACAAGAAUGCAUCUGUUUGCUCAGUAACAUCUAUCCCACUCAGCACAAAUCUUCUCUCGAUACUAUGCACAACAGUUCUAGUCACUCACUUUGCUUUCUAUCCAGCAUAGCCACACAUGUGUCAGUGUAUACACGUGCAUUUUUAUUUAUUUUUUUGCAAAUCUGGACUUGGAUAAAGCUCCUCCAAAAUGAACAUUAUCGUCACUGACUAGAACCACGAUUGGCUCAGGAUCAGUAUUACCAGGUAAACCUCCCCAUCUCACCUCAACACCUCCCGCUGCGAGGCUAGUCCUCUGCAUGGCUAGCUGCCCCCGUGUUGCUCAUAUCACUCAAUAAAGAAAGCCAGAUAAACUACCUAUAUGUGUGUGUUGUUAUCUGAGACGUAAUUAAGGAAGAAAAGAAGCUCUGGUUUGCAUAACGCACACAUCGGACUAAUCUAACUUGUGUCAUAUCGCAGUGAGAGAAGAGAAUCUCAAUGUGCAUGAAAGGUUUUUUGUGAUGGAGUGGUUUUUAUGUGCGCGUAACAAACAGGUACUUUGGAGCUGCCUUUCAUGUUUAAGGACCAAUAUUGGUGCUGGCAUGUGUUCCUCUUUAAGAUCAGGAAGAUCAUAAAAAGAGAACUUAAUUUGUCAAAACUAGCUGCAAUUCAUCUGAAUGCUCAAAUUGCUCUAUAAUGUGGGCUGGAGUGCCGCUGCUUCGGUUACCACGCUAUUAAAAUGCUCUGUGUAAAGUUAUGGCUUAUACAGGAAGGACUUUGUCAGUGUGUGUUCUUCACAUUUAUGUAGCUGGUCGAGAGGAAGCUAAUUAAAAUGCAUCAAAUGUAUUUUAUAAAUAAAUUCUACAGUAAAUAAAA